UGUUGCCCUGAGUCUGAAGGAUCCUUGGUACAUUCCAACAAGAAACAUCUCUUCCACUACAAUGGCCAUCACUGAACUCAUUUUCCCAGCGAUCAAGACUGAUCCAGACUCGCUCAGAGAAAUCGAGCAAGACUGGCCCAUAAUCAGUAAAAGAUUGACACACCCUAAUCCUGGCUUGCUUAAUGCCUAUCGCGGCUUUCUCCUCACUGAAAACGGAAAAGAUGUGAGAAAUGCUCACAGAGAGUUUCUUCUAUUCGAGUGGGUUAAAGCGGAAUGCUUCCAUGCCUUCAUCAAGUCCGACCAAUUCGGCAGCUUUGCUACUUCAAUCAAGCAUCUGGUGAAUGGGCCGCCGAUGCUACAACUCUUUGAAACCAACAUCAGCCCGAGAAAGGCAGCUUCGGCCUCCGUUGUUGAGAUCAUUCGCUUGAGUAUCUCGACCCCUGAGAACGUCGAGAUAUCAACACAGGCAUGGGAACGGAUCUCUCGCUUUCUUAGUGGGAAGGCUUCCAUCACGUACGGACCAAGUUCCAAUCUUGAGAAUGAUGUCGUUGCCGGUAUUAUAGGAUGGCAUGACACAGAGACUCGGUCUCAGGCAAUCCAAGACUCCGAGUACACAGAAGCGCUCAACAUACUACAGUCCCUGGGAGAUGUCAAUCGUAUUACCGUCGAUAUCGCUGCAAUGGAACUACCACCGCUGUGAAGUAUACUUGAUGAAGUGGAAGUAGUCUAUAUAUCGGCAGCAUCUUAAUCAUCUUUCUAUAUAUCAUAUCUUCACUCUUGUUUUGCUCAUGUUUGGCAGUAUCUACAAUAACCUACAAUCAAAUACUAUGUUUCUAGUCUGCGA